AUGGAUCAACAGCUCGACGUCUCCAAGCUCAGCGAUGGCGACAAGAAGGAAUUGAACCAGUUCUUGACGAACGAAGCUCAAAAGUCCAACAUCCAACAAACCGUUCACCACCUUGCCGACAUCUGCUGGAAGAAGUGCAUUACUGGAAAGAUCUCCUCCGGCCGCCUAGACCAAUCUGAAGAAUCAUGCGCUCACAACUGCGUGGAGCGAUGGAUGGACACCAAUUUGGCCGUACUGAAACAUCUCGAGACUUUGCGUGGACAAUAA